UGGGGAGAAGUGGUAACCGUUGGGUUUUACUCCUGCACGCUGCCCAUUUUCCCCGUCGGCCUGCAGUCAGAAUGGACAUAGGUGUCGCGAUUCUGAUAACGGGCUUCGCUGCAGUUUUUGCAGCCCUCCUGCUGCUUCUAAAUGGUCUCAUCUACUCGGAAUUCACAAAUUCGAAAAUCCCCCUUGGAGUCGUCAAUCGCCGGAAGCUGCACCUGGUCCACAUGCUACAUGUUGGGUGUGCGGUUCUGGGUCGGAUCCUGGACCGCAUGGGCCUCUGCCACCAGAUCACAUUUACACGGAAGGUGCUAUCCUGGCUCACAGUUCGGAAGGAGUCUGUUCCCUCAGGACUGCGCAUCAAAGACCUGAUGUUUGCCGAUGUUCCUGUCCGGGCAUAUGAGCCUACAGUGCCCUCUGGUGGCAGGAGGAGAGCUUUGGUUUAUUUCCAUGGAGGAGGUUGGGUGUUCGGCAAUAUAGACAGGGCUGAUGCAGUCUGCAGAUACAUCGCCAAGGAGUCUGACACGGUAGUGAUAUCUGUUGGCUACCGGCUGGCCCCUGAGCAUCGAUACCCUGCCCAGCUGGAUGACUGCGAGGCUGCUACGCGUCACUUCCUCUCCGUGGCUGAGGCAGAGUUCAGCGUGGAUACGCGGCGCAUCGCUGUGGGCGGGGACAGUGCCGGGGGCAACCUGGCGGCGGCGCUGUGCCAGCGUCUAGCGCAGCAGGAGUCAGGGAGUCUGCCACCACUACAGUCGCAGGUGCUUAUCUACCCCGCCCUGCAGAUGGCAAACUUCAACCUACCCUCGUAUGUGCAGAACCAAGCCGUGCCCCUUCUAUUCCGCGCACGGUCGGCAUUUUACUUCCUGCAGUACCUCAACGGGGAAAUGUCAGUGUCCCAGGAUGUGCUGGAGGGCAGCCAUGUCCCCGCUGACCUCCAACUGCAGUACCGACGCUGGCUGUCCCCAGACAACCUCCCACCGGAUUUCCUACCUUGGGAUCACAAGGAGCCGGAGCCAGGCGAGUUCGAUGGGGAGGUCUAUCACCUAGUUCGCGAGGGGCUGGACCCUGGCAUGUCCCCCCUGCUGGCGGAGGACUCUGUGCUGCGCUUGACCCCACCAACUUUCCUGUUAACCUGCCAGUAUGACGUGCUCAGGGAUGACGGGCUGCUGUAUCGUAAGCGACUCGAGGACCUGGGCGUGGCCGUCUCCUGGCACCACAUCCCAGACGGAUUUCAUGGUAUCCUCAACUACUUUAGCAGUGGAUGGUUGACCUUCCCGUCUUCCCGUGUGGUCGUGGACUGCAUUGUGGAAUACGUCAAAACAAUCUGAGGUUUCUUCAGGCCCAAAUGCACCGUAGAUACACUCCCUGGUCUCCCAGCUGAACUUAUCGGUACAUCGGCUGACAGUGCUUUAAAAUCAGUCGGUGCACCGUCUCCUUAACGAAAUAAUGACCUGAACAUAGGACCAGCUCUACCUUUUCAAAGGCAAAUCUUUACAUGGGGGGGGCGCCAAAGAAAUCUUCAUCAUUUUACUUCUUCCAUAAUGCAGUACAAUUCAGGGGCCUUCGGUAACUGCCUAUUCUCCAAGAGCCUUCUGUCCAGUCAAGACCAUGGGCAUGCAUGGGCAGAGUGUCCACUUCCCAUGAAAUAUAAAAUGUAGAUAAACAAUGCAAACUGUGGUGAAUGCUUAUUUGGAAAUAUUAAUAAAAAUAAAUUCUU